AUGGCAACUCCUGUAAUUGUCGGUGUUGGAGCUAUCACGGCUGCUCUCGUUGGUCGACAUCUUGUGCGCAAUGGUAUUAUUGGAAAGCGGGCAGCAGACCAGUGGGUAAAGGGUGGUUUUAAAGCGAAAAUGGAUCGCAAGGAGGCUAUUGCAAUUCUUGGGUUAAAAGACGGCGUAACACUACGCAACAAGUUGAAAGACGCCCACCGUCACAUCAUGCUCGCGAACCAUCCUGACCGUGGGGGUUCGCCCUACAUAGCGAGUAAAAUCAACGAAGCUAAAGACCUGUUAGACAAGACAGAUGGAAAGUCGAGAUAA